UCGAUGCUUUAUUUUUGCAAUUUCCAAUCAUGACAUUCAAAUGACAUCAGGAUAAAACAGAAAACAUGAAUGCAAAAAUCACAACACAACUUCCAAAGUGACAACACAGCUAAUAAGCCACAGCACGGCUGUGAAAGUGACACAGCAACAAAACAAAUGCAAAAGCCACAACAAAACUACAGGUGCAUGGAGCACCCAAACAGGAAGAACACAAACGUUUCUCCUGUUUGGUCGCUCCAAGCACCUGUACCGUAAUACUUAAAAUAGAAAAGCAUUACAUUUUAAGUGCUGAUUGAUUUAUUCAGGUUUUCACGCCUCACUUGACCCAUAUAUUCAUGACUUGACUGCAGUAACUCAUUGUCAACACUCUCUUUCUUUGUGGUUGUGUUUCAGUUUCUGGUGUGUGACUUUUGCAGUGGUGCUGCAACUUUUGCAGUUGUUUUGUGGCUUUUGGAUUUGUCUUUUCCUUUAAUGCACUUGUGUGAGACGUCUUGGCCACAUUACAUGUAUGAAUCAGCAUUACAUGUUGACCCUGGACCUAUAUGAGUUGUGCUCGGAUGGAUUAUUACGGUUUGCUCAGAUUUUCUUACAAUUGGAUGUUUUUCAUAAUCCAUUUUUCCAACAUGUCUGAUUGUCUGCAGGCUGCUCAUGUCUUUUGCCCCGUCAGACAUUUUCAUAGUGAUGGCACCUUGUUCCAGGACACACGUUAACACACACUGUACCCAAAAUGUAGGACGGAGAGUGAGAAUCAGGCCUGCAUGGCGAACAGCUUUUACUGUGGAUUGGAACACCAAGUGAUGAUGACCAACCAAGCAUGAACCUCCACUUAACCAACACCCCAAGAGAGAAAGAUGGUGUUUAUAAAACGCUUUGUCAAUGGUGCAUUCAAGCCUCUGUCGCUUGCAGCACACAGGUUUCCCUCCUCGCAGACAAACUGGGACACUGCCGGGUCAAAACCCCCAUUAAAUCUGAGUUAGGCUCUUCAGGAGAUCAGGAGAGGCUUUAAAGACCCAGAGGCAUCUUGGCCUUUUUUGUUUUCCACAUAAAGUUUCACAUCUCACGGUGAAAUGCAUCAGAGAGUUGACAGUCAGGAAUGUCAGGCGUUUUGCCAGCACCUGAGUCACCAUGGAUGUGAGUCUUUCUCUUUUUAAACUUUUAAUCUUAAGCAUUUAAAAUUCAACUGGUGGAAGAGUAAUGAAAGAGACUGCAGUCACCACUUUCUACAGGAAAAUGCAGAGUUCAAUUGUUUAAGGGAGAAUACAAAUUAGGAGCCAGGGGGAUUUGUGUGCGUGUGUCUGUGUGUCUGUGUGUGUGUGUGUGUGUGUGUGUCUGUGUGUGUGUGUGUGUGCGUGCGUGUACAUGUUUUUGUUACCUCUUUAAGACAUUUCCAGCAUAAACACUGACCUUAUCAGGGCCACUUGACCUCAUGGAGACCAGAGCUCGAUUCUAAUAAGGCAAAAAUCAUUUCUAAGGUUCUAUUAAAGGUUAGUGGUAAGAUGUGAAUCAUGGUCUGCCCACAAUGGGUGGAAGUCAAUGCAAAGUUCAAACAUUAGGGAUUGUGGUUUGUGUGUGUGUUGGUGCCUCUUUACCUUUUUCAGCAUAAACACUGAUUUUUCAGGACCAGUUCACCUCAUUGGCAUCAAAUGAUGUGUCACAACUUCAUUUCUUCUGUCCUGAUGAGGGUGAGAGGUGAGAUCUGUGAUCAGGUUAGGGUUAGUCAUGAAUUGGUCAGGGUUAAGUUUGGGGAUAAGGUUUUGGUUAUAGGCUGUCCACAAUUUAUUGAAGUCAAUGCAAAGUCCUAACAGGGAUAGCUGCUCAAACCUGUGUGUGUUAUUAGGAGCAAGGAGGUAUUAUGUGUGUGUGAGGAGGAGGAAGGGGAGGUUGAAAUUGAAAGUAAGAAGGGAUUUGGGGGGGCAGACAGGAGAAACAUGUAAUUACAACAUGACUAUAUGAUUUUCACUAAAUCCACAGUCUCUGGGGCAUUUCCUCCCAUUUUCAGAGACUAACUGCUGCUAAUUUAGAUGAAAUAAUCCCCUGGACUGAAGUUGGUGCACAGUGGCGCACUAAAUCAUUCUGAAGAACUUCGCUUCCCCGCAGGACGACCUCGGGGAGUUCCGUGCGACUGACGGAAUACUCCCCCAUCACCGCCACAAGCUGCUGCUCAGAGCCCGACAGCACCGAGCAGAGCUGCGUGCGCUCCUCUCUCUGCCACACGCACACGAGCAGCAGCCAUCUGAGAGCGCACAGGCGAGUCUCGGCACAGCCACCGUGGCCACAGCGGGACCCACUGUUGGAAGCGCGCACCUGCGGUCCUCCAAAAUGUGCCAGUGUGACGCGUCUGGAUCGAAACCGAGACCGGGCUCCCUCGCCGAAGCCGGGAAGCUCUUCCUGAAACACACCACCCUGCACGGCUUGAGGCACAUCUUCCUCAGCGGCUCCUACCCCCGGAGGGUCGCGUGGCUGCUGGCGUUCCUCGCAGCCCUGGCUCUGCUGUUCACCUGGUCCUCGAACAGAGUGCGCUACCUGCUCUCCUCGCCCGUGUACACCAAAGCGCACAUGGUGUACGCCAAGCGCCUCGUCUUCCCCGCUGUCACCAUCUGCAACCAGAACCUGCUGCUGCCGCGGCGCAUGAAGAAGACGGACAUAUUCAGCGCCGGGAGGUGGCUGGGACUCCUGGGGAGGAACUGGCAGGUGUCCCCCGCUGCGAGGGAGGCGCUCACUCCUCUGAGGGGCCACGGCGGAGGGAGCGCGGCGCUGGAUGAGCCGUCCUGGUCCCCACUGUCUCGGAUUCUGGACUUCAACCACUUUCUCCCUCCGCCCCGGGAGUCCCAGCCGUCCAUGCGGCAGCUGCUGGACCGACUGGGGCACCAGCUGGAGGAGAUGCUGCUGUACUGUCGGUACCAGGGAGAGCUGUGCGGGCCGCGUAAUUUCAGCACCAUUUUCACACGCUAUGGAAAAUGCUACACCUUUAACUCAGGCCAAGAUGGACGACCCUUGAUGGUGACGAUGAAGGGAGGGAUGGGAAAUGGCCUGGAGCUGAUGCUGGAUAUUCAGCAGGAUGAAUACUUGCCGGUGUGGGGAGAGACUGACGAGACGUCGUUUGAAGCUGGGAUCAAAGUUCAGAUCCACACCCAGGAAGAGCCGCCGUUCAUCGACCAGCUGGGCUUCGGAGUAGCACCCGGGUUUCAGACCUUUGUAUCCUGUCAAGAACAAAGGCUGACGUACCUGCCUCCACCGUGGGGCGACUGCAAGGCCACGGCGAUGGACUCUGACUUCUUCAGCAGUUACAGCAUCACAGCCUGUCGCAUCGACUGCGAGACCCGAUACCUGGUGGAGAACUGCAACUGCAGGAUGGUCCACAUGCCCGGAGAUGCCCCGUACUGCACCCCGGAGCAGUACAAAGAGUGUGCAGAUCCCGCCUUGGACUUUCUUGUUGAGAGGGAUAAUGACUACUGCGUGUGCGAGACCCCGUGCAACUUGACUCGCUUCGGUAAAGAGAUGUCCUUUGUCAAGAUACCCAGCAAAGCCUCAGCCAAGUAUCUUGCCAAGAAAUUCAACAAGACAGAGCAGUACAUAGCUGAUAACAUUCUGGUGCUGGAUAUCUACUUUGAAGCACUGAACUACGAGACCAUUGAACAAAAGAAAGCCUAUGAAUUGGCUGGCCUUCUGGGUGACAUUGGAGGUCAGAUGGGUCUUUUCAUCGGAGCCAGCAUCCUCACCAUCCUUGAACUCUUCGACUAUCUUUAUGAGGUGAUCAAGUACAAGAUGUGCCGCUGCGUGAAGAAGAAACACAAAGGCCACAACAACAAUGACAGGGGAGCUGUGCUGAGCCUGGAUGAUGUGAAACGCCAUGCUCCUUGCGAGAACCUGCGUACACCAUCAACGUAUCCUGGCAACAUGCUACCUCAUCACCCGGGCCAGAGUAACUUUGAAGACUUCACUUGCUGA